CUACAUAGCUCUUCUCAGUCCAGAGCCACUCCUUCCAGAGCUCCCUGUACACUCUCUUCCUUUUCCCUUCCACUUUCUCUUUCCGCCAUGGCCAUAGCUUCAUCGAACACAUGGCUCCGCCAUAGCUCUCUGAUCCUCAGCGCUCUCUCUUUCGAGUGAAAACGCCAGCACCGAUCUCCGCAACCAGUUCCGAAUGGAUCCCUUCAACUUGAAAGCUGAAAAGGCCAACGCGAUCUCGAGGUACCGCCGCCGCCAGAAGCUCACCACGAUGCUCCGCUUCGUCGAGCUCUUCUUCUUUCUCGUCAUGAUCUCCAGAGUUUCCGUUCAGCUGCCGUUUGGAUUCAGGCUCUCCGGCGAGUACUUCCGCCGACUCACGGCGAUCUUCUUCAGUCCGCAGUUCGUGUUUGUGCUCGGGAACGCGAUUGUCGUCGUUCUUUUCGUGAAAUCCGGCUGGCUUUCCGGUCAAGACGCGGAAAAGAAAGCUACAGCUAGAGUUGAUUUCUGCAAAGAGUACGUUGAAAACAGCUUGAAGAAUCACAAUAGCGAUGGAUUGGAUGCGGAUAACCGGAGGGGAGAGAGGAAGAUUUAUAGGAGCCAGUCGGAGAAUUUGAACAGGGAGGGCGGUGAGAAGCGCCGCCAGGAACUGAGGCGGACGGCGACGGAGGCAUGCCGUAAUAGUACGGCGGCGGAGGCGUGCUAUCCGGAGGACGAGAUGAGCAACGAGGAGUUCCGGCGAACCGUCGAGGCCUUCAUAGCCAGGCAACAGAGGUUUCUGAGAGAACAAGAGUUGUCAGGUAUACUUAGGUAUUCCUCAACAAGGAUGGAGAAUUGAGGAGAGAAGGAAUACACACAAGGGGAAUAUGGGAAAGGAUCCUUGGCGUUGAUGAUCACCAUUCCUCCUAGUUAUGCUUUCUAGUGCAAGGAGGUCCAAAUCUUAUUGAAAAUAAUGUGACAAUAGUUUUUGCGCUUUGAUGUAUAUUAUUUGUUUUAACAGUUGUCUUGGUGGGUACAUACCCAAAAGAUUGUAAAUUUAAGCUUGACUUAUCAAUGACAGCUUGAAAUCCAGUUAAUACAAAAUAAAUAAAAA